CAGGGCACGCAGGCCGCUUCGCCCUACACCAAGAUGGCGGAGGGCGGGUCGGCCGAUGGCGGGUUGGGGCUGUUGUUCCGCGACCUCGCCGCUGGCUCUGGCACCGCCGGCCGCUGGUUGGUGUGUCAGGAGCCGGUGGCCGUGCUCUCAGUGGAGAGAUACCGGAGGGACCCGGGGAGCGGAGAGGGCCUGCUGGAGGGCGCAGGCCUGGGCCCCGACAUGUACGACGUGAGCCUGAGCGACGGCCGCUGCCGGCUCCGCGCCACCCUGCGGCCCUCCCUCAACUCGCUGGCCCGCCGCAACCUGCUGCACGGCGGCUGCGAACUGCGCGGGGUGCGCCUGGGCCUGGAGUACGACGAGAGGCGGGCCGGGGCGGGCGGCAGGAACUUCGUUAUCAUGGAGGCCCAGGUGGUCGCCCGUGGCAACGGCGCUCCCUCGCCCCUCUUAAAGGGGACGCGACGCACGAAGCUGCAGGUGCUGGGCGAGGGGGCCGAACAUCGGGUGGGGCCUGAGCUACCACUCAGAGCCAGGAGGCGGUGCUAUCUACCCCUGUGGGACUGCGCCGACUAUUACGGAGACGUCUGGCACCCACGGCCCGCUGACCAUCCUCUGGUCCCGACGCAACGUCUCAGAGGAUCUGGGAGCAUUUCUCUGAGCCAGCUGGAGGGAUACAUCUCACAAAAGCGAAAAGACCACCCACCAGUGGUCGUCCGUAUCCUUCGCAAGUGCAGACUUCAUCAUUUUGGACGACCUGACAGAUUUGCAGAAUGCCCAUUCCAAGCCAAAUUCCUAGCAGCCGAUAAAUCAGGCUUAGUCACACUUGUGCUGUGGAACUCCCUGUGCAUGGACUGGUACAGAUACCUGGAGCCAGGAAUGGUGAUUCAACUGCACAACUACGUUGUGAAGGAAAGUUAUGCCACACGGAUGGGGCAAGACCCUGGAGUUACAAGGGAGCCAGCCUUAGAGUUAAAUUUAAACCCAAGGAAUCCAGCGGCUGAAAUCACCGUGGUCAGUGCCGGGUCUGUGAGUGAAGAGUGGCAGUUACCACCACUGCAGUACUGCUUUGCCACCAGGAAGGAAUUGUCAGACCUUCACCCUGGAGACCAAUGUGACAUUAUUGGCCUCGUUACAUUUGUUGGUAGACAAGAACGCAUCCGAAACAAAGAGCAUGCCGACGAAUUUCUGGUUUACCGCUGGGUGCACCUGAUUGAUGGGACAGCAUGCGAACCUUUUGUGUUGAAGCUUUUCUCCACUUGCCAACCAGAGAUCCAGGCUCAAGUAUACCCGUGCAGCAUUUCAGAUAAUACUGUGACCUUUCUUGUGUGUACCAAUGUCAGGGUGGAAGGCAAAGUGAUCGAUCCCAGCGGACAGACAACAUUCCCUUACCUGCUCACCACCGAGUACAGCCAGGUGUAUGUCAACGGCUACCAUCAAGGAAAACCUUAUGUGAAGAACUCCAAAGUGAAGGAGUUUAUUCAGUGGAUACAAACUGCAAAGGAUAAGGAACGGGAGAGAUUGAGCCGCACUCGGAUUGGUGGAUGUUACAGCUAUCCUCCGCUGCCCUCCAGCGAGCGGGAUUACCGGUGUGAAAUGCUCGGUGGAUCGGCCUUGACCACCAUGUCAGAACUGAGGCAACUUCUGGAUCAGCUGGAGUACAGAGAGUACAGGAGGGUCACUGUCCAAGGGCACAUUAGCUCUGUGAAGUACAAGUCACUGACCACAGAAGAUGGAGAGGAGGUUCUCGUCUUCAAGUCCAGUGGAGCCAGUUGCAUAGGAGCGCUGGCCUCUGUUGGUGACUCAAUCGAUGGCAACCUUUCCUUCCAGGGCACCGGAAGGAGCCGCAGCCCCGUGAUCCCUGUCAUGAGAACUUCACAGAGAAAAAGAGCAGCCUUGCCACCGCAAAACAGAAAAAGAAGGAAAGGAGUAACCCACAGGAAAAGGCGAGUUCGACCGAGACCUAGUAAAAGCACAGAGUCGAGCAGCGAAGAAGAGCCUUUUGCCUGUCUGCCACACACAGGUGUGAAGAUCACAGAAGGCGGUGUGAGCCCUGACCAAGAGCUCAGUUUUGUCAGGGCUUGCCAAGAGUUCAACAUAGACUCCGAUGAAAUGGGGAUGACAUCCAGUGACGCGAUUCCCAGCUCGUCUCAGAUCAGCGGUCCAUGGACCAGCAGCCCAUGGCAACAGGAGCAUCUUGCCCACAGCGGGGACGUCUCAAAGAUGGUUGCUCGAAACUUCCGCCUUAGGGACAAGGCCUUGCUUCUGCGUACCUUUGGUCUCCAGCCAUCCAAAUUCACUGGAGUGCAGGCUGAUCCUGGGAAGAAGUUGGAACAGUGUGAGCUGGCGUGUUGCCGUGGAUACUACAUUGUGACCAUUUUAGGACUAAAUCGAGAGCUAUCUUUAGACACGAUCUUUCUCCCCACCAUUCCCAGGGUGGACCACCGAGAUAUGUGCUCUGCCAAGCACGACAACACCUUUAUCUCUGCUUUAGCUCAUGGAGGACUAUCGUCCAGAAGGGCCUCUUGCAUCGAUACAGACAGUGAAGAGAGCUCCUCACAGCCUCCCGGUGACAUUCUCAGACCUGUGGCCGGCCUGGAGAAGAUGCUUUUCAUCUUUGUUCUCGAUAUCUGCAGUCAAGGAGGCUCCAGAGUUGAAGUCGCUCUCAAUCGUGCCUACGUCCAACACCAAGCUCUCUGAAAAGUUUUUGAUUCUUUUUUCUCCCCCAUCUUAACGCCAGCAUUAUCACCCAGAAUGGAGCAGAUGCAGUUACGACUUUCUGCAGUAUUUUAAAUUAUUUUUAUGCAGCUUUCAUUCUGGGUUUCUGAAAAGAGAAAAGUAUGUUUUUGUUCCUGUGGAACUGUAUCAAAGUCAUCGUUAGAGACCUUUGUCUAGAAGAGCUCACUGGUGAGGACAUGGUGGGCCAACGGGUGUUUAGUCAUUAGUCUUCUGUGGCAAACUUCAGUCCUCCCCUGAAGAUGUGCUCAGGAAGUCAGCCAGACAGCACCUGAUAUUCCAGCUGGGUAGUCUAACAGCUCGAUGGUGAAUUCAAUGUUAAUGCCAGUUUCAGGUAACCUACUCCUCCUCUGUCCCUUUUUUCUCUCUCCCCCUGAUCUACCCACCUACACCCAUGCAACCACCCCCCCAUCACUGUUUCUUUCCCUUCCUCCAGCCACUCCUCUCAAUAGGACCCCUCCCCCCACUGUUCCCACCUCCCUUCUUUCGUUCCAUGCUCCACCUUACUUUCCUAACAAACUCCAUCAUCUGCAGCCCUUUGUUACCUCCACCUGCCAGCCUGAGUCACUAUUUCCACCCUUCCCUCACCUGGAUCCACCCAAGACUUGGCAGCUCUUGUUCCACCCCUCCCCUUCACCCAGUUUCUUGACCUGAAACAUCAACCAUUGAUUUCCCUCCACAGACGCUGCCUGACCUGCUAAGUUUCUCCAGCUGUUUGCUUUUUGCUUGGGAGUCUGUAAACCUGUUGAAGUCUGCUGUACAGAACUGCUGUACUUAACACCCUCCCCACCAGGGAAGACUCACACAGCCAUAGAGUUAUACAGCUAUACAGCAUGCUGACCAAGCUGCCUUCCUGAGCUAGUCCCAUAUCCCUUUUCCUAUCCAUAUACCUGUCCAAAUGUCUCUUAAAUGUUCUAAUUGUACCCACCUCUACCACUUCCUCUGGCAGCUCAUUGCACAUACCCACCACCCUCAGCUCCGCUUUAAAUCUUACCCUUCACCUUAAAUCUAUGCCCACUAGUUUUGGACUCCCCUGGGAAAAAGAUUGACCAUCCUCUCAUCUGUACCCCUCAUGAUUUUUAUACGGUCACCCCUCAGCCUCCUAUGCUCCAAGAAAAGCAGCCCCAGCCUAUCCAUUCUCUCCUUAUAACUCAAGCCCUUCGGUCUCAGCAACAUCUUUGUGAAUCUUUGCUGUACCUUCUCUAGCUUAAUCACAUCCUUCCUAUAGUAUACAUACACACAGACCUCCAGUGGGGAUCCUCCUUUGCUGUCAGGUGGUAGAAUGGACCACCCCGGCAUGUCCAGACAAGACAUGGGCAAGGAAAUGGAGUGUGGGGGACAACCUCUGGUGUGGAAUGGCACAGAGUAACAAGGACUACCUUCUCGUAUGUUUUGGAAGUUACAACAAUGGCUGAACCUGGAUGAAGUAAUAACAAUUAUAAGAAAAUAUCUCCAGGAGAAUGAAUAGGCAUGGGAAAAGAAGGUGGCUCUGGCUGUAAAUUCAAACCAGUUUACCAGUGAUUCUUUGGCUGUGGGCAGAUGCAUUGUCACCCAGGUCACCUGGAGCUGUCUGGGCAUUCCAUCUGGGAACAAUUAUACUUUGAUAAAACAGUCUCUAACCAGACAGCUCCAAUGGACUCAGGCCAAGAAAUCGGGAUGGGUCAGAAAUGUGAAGGAUGGAAAAUUACAAUAGUCUCCUUGCAGAAUCUCGCUGUCCUACCCCUGUGAUGCGAAGCCUCUUGAGUCCAGCCACCAACCUUACAGCAUAUGUGAAAGUGGUGCUCUUUACACAAAUGAGGUUUCCAUACACUGCUGUGCAGCUACUCCACAUGGAUGAGUCAGGUGUGUCCUUUCAGCCAACCCAUGCCAUUUCAAACCUGUGUAUUACCAACCCUCCACUUACCUGGACAGCAGUAUUUCAGUCUCAGUAUUACCAAUUUAUCAUGAUCUUCCCCCUCCCAGGUGUGUGACGAUCUGUGUUGUCAUGUCCGGCUCUCAUUCCGUGAAUGCAUCAUCAGCUUUUCUGAACGAGGAUCGUCUGGUAUCACAGAGGGAGGGGCAGUGGGGGCUGCGGCACCAGAAGAAAAGAUAACCUCAGAUAUAUUGAAGUUGUCUUUGUGGAAAAGUUUAGGAAUUUGAUGGCAAAUGUGAAAUUGAUUUUUAUUUAUUUAUUAUUUGAUUUCUAACAGAAGAAGCAAUUUGGGGAAGUAUAUUGAAAGAAAGUUUAACCUGUUUGAAUGGAAUGGUUGUGCUUUGAAACAUGUUUAGCCCUAACUCAGAAAAUUCAGAGAAGAAAACCUCCCACUGAGUAAGAACAACCAAGACCAAUCCCACUUCCCAGCUUCUAGCUGUAGAUCACUGCUCAAGUGCUUACUUGGGGACUUUCAAAAGUGUGAGGGUUUCUGCCAGACCGCACCACUCGGGUGAAAAAUAUUGUUAAUUUCCCUUUAAUCAUUCUACAAAUUAAUUCCUCAAUGUCACUGGCCUAAGUACUCCUCCUUUCUUAUCCUGCCUCAGCCUCUCAUGAUUUUAUACAUCUUGAUAAGUCUCUCCUCUGUCUCCUAAGUUUCAGAGACAACCAGACUAGUCGGUCUUUCCUCAAAUAUUAUUCUCCAUCUGUAACAACAUCUCAAAUCUCUACACCUUCUCUAUUGAUGUCACAUCUUUCAUGGUGCAGGAACUGCUGUCAGAUGUUAUUUUCUCUGUUGGUUUUAUUAUUGUCAAUUGUUGAAUUUUAAAAUAAUUUGUGAAGAGCUCAGGUUUGCAGGGAAUGUAUUAUUGGGGUGCUAUCAAACAGGUUUUCACUGAUUAGUGGCAGUCUUACAGCAUGGAAACAGGCCCUUCAGCCCAGAACCCACAUCAAGAACCCAUUUACACAAAUCCCAUUUUAUUCUCACCACAUUCACAUCAACUACUCUCAGAUUCUAUCCCCUCACCUACAGCACUAGGGGCAAUUAACAGUUGCCAACCCACAUCUCUUUGGGAUCUGGGAAGAAACUUCAGUCAUCAGAGAUCAGGAUCAAACCUGGGUCAUUGGAGUAUUAAGGAAGGACAGCUGUCACAAAUUCUCCUCCAGGUUUGGUUUCCCUGCACAUUUUGCUGUCCUGGGUCUAAUCAACCCUGGAAGUAUAGGAGCUGUUUCAAGUCCCCAGAUGUGUGUGCACCUCUCUUCCCGAAUCCCAGUGUAGAAUUUUACACACACACACAGGAUGCAGACUCCACAUUUCCAGCACUCAGAAUGCUUUUUGCCCCAUCUGCAUGACGCAUCAGGAUUGUGAUGGAAUACUUUCCCACUCGCCUGGGUGAAUGCAGCUCCAGUAAUAUUGUGUGGCUAGCCCAACUGAGUACACAAAACAAGAUAACGCCUAUUUUUGGUUAACCAUCCAGAGAAAAGCUGAGAUUAUGCUGGUCGCUGGUCUGCAUAUUAUCUUUGUUACUUUACUAUUCAUUGGGCAUGGGCACAGAGAACAAGAGACAAUGCUCAGUAUCUCCAGUCAUACAUAGGCCAGACCAUGUAAGGUCAGAAUUUGAAGGGUAUUAGGGAACCAGGUGGAUUUUUAUGGGAAAAAGUGUACUUUCUAACACCCUUUUAUUCCCCAGCUGCCAUGGUGUGACUUGAACUAGUGCCUCUGGGUUACCACUCCAGUAAUAAUCACUAUGCUGACACACCCUUGCAUUAUGUGCAGGCUGUCACUGGGUAAUGAACCAGUUCCAUUUUCCUGUAAGUUGGAAAAUACACAAAAAUCACUCAAUAUGGUAACCAUUCCUCCACAGUAUUAUAAUGCAUCAGUCUUAUGUGCUUUUGAUGGCAUAAGAAAGAAUAAGUAUUAAGGGGGGGAGGGGGCAGGAACGACUAGUUCUGUCCUUCAGAAGAACAAACACACGUACAUCAGACAUCUGAAUUUAAUAUCAUUCAUAUGUAGGGGUGUCCAUUAGUUGGGUGUCUAACCCAGGGACAACUUGUGCUUCUGAGAUGCACCACUAUGGCAAAAUGCCAAGAGUAGUUGGGUUAGAUUUGGUAGGGCCCAAUGGGCCUAUGUUAUUGCAAUCAAUGAAAUUAUUUUCCUCAGCACCAAUGUUGUCUGAUCAGUAAUCCUUUCAUCAUUGUACAUCGACUCUGCAACACAAUGAACACUGGCACACCACAGAGCUAAAAACACAAGUUUCUACAGGAACAGCUAGAAUGGAAAUCACCAUAAUCAUUUAUAUACCAUUGAACAUUCUCUUGUUGGGUUACCAACACCACAGAAAUUGGCUAUAGGGCAGAAAAUGGUGAAUAUUUUUUCUGGAUUGGAGGAAAAAUACAAUGUGUACCCCAGAGGACACUUACAUAUUCAGGUUUUCAAAUUUUAUAGGUGAGACAAAACCCUGAAAUGCAGGCAAGAAAAGUGAGGUGAUUUGAUAAAAUGAAGAUACAUGAACUAAAUGGUACAAUUUUAAAAGUGUUGCAGGAAAGGAUCGGGGUCUACAUACACAAGUCUGAAAAUAUCAGCAGGCUGAAAAAACAUGGGUGGGAUGCUGAGUCUGUAAAGGCACGGUAAUAUUUUAUUUCUGUGGCAUAUUUAACUAGCAAAACAUCCCAAGCCAUUUCCCAGCAGCCAACAGACUUAUCACAUAGUCAAUGACAGGUUUUAAGCAUGGCGGGAAGAGGAAAGAAGAGGUUUAGAAAGGGAAUUUUAAGCUCGGGCAUGGCCACCAUGCUGAAGCAGGUAAAGGAAAAUCAAGAGGCCCCAAUUGGAAAAGUGCAGACAUCUCAUGGGAGAUGACAAGAGGGCAGUUUUAAAGAAAAUGGGUAAAAACUUAUAAAUUAGAUGCUCCUUAACCAGACACCAAUGGAAAUUUGCCCAUGGAGCAGUGCAGUGGCACAGCACUAAGUGCUGCUUCAGGAACACAGGUUCAAUCCAAACAUCAGGUGCUGCCUGUGUGAGUUUGCAGAUUCUCCCUGUGACUUUUACUGAGGGUACUCUGGUUUCCUCCCACACCCCAAAGAUGUGCUGGUACAUUGAGUGGCAAAGAGUCAAAGGGGAGUUGAUGGGCAUGUGAGAGAAUAAGUUGCAAGGUACAUGGAUAUGGGACUGCUCACUUGGGAGCUAGUAUGGACAGAAAUAACCACCUGUAAUAAAGGUAAUGAAUGAACACACCUUGCUGCUUGUCAUGACACUGACCACAACUUUGAGGGAAGCAGCCAGAAAUGUAAAUGUCAAAUCUACAUUUAACAAUGGCAAAGUGGUGGGGGAAUUCAGCCCCAGGUGAGUGGAGGCCUAUGCUAUGGAGGUAGAAGCAAUGAUUCAGAAAAGCCCACGUUCACAGCAGGCUCAAAUUUAUAGUAGGUGCUUAGUCUGGUCUGAUUUAAGAUGCCAGGGACAGGGAUGCAGUCUAAACUGGGGAGUGGAGAGCGUGACAGGGACCAAAGAUGUGGGUCUUUCCAGCACUGAAGGAAGUUUCUGCUCAUACAGUUUGUAUAUUGGGAAAGCAGUGUGACAAUUUAGAUUCUGAGGAUGGGUGCAGACUGGAAGAGCUGGAUGUUAUCAGCAUUUGUGCAAAGAAUGCUGUUUUUUGGUGAUCUUACAGGGGAGACAUGUAAUUGAGAAACAUCAGGACCUAGAGCAGAUUCUCUUAAACUUUUGAGGCAGAAGUUAGACUUCAGAAUAUGCAUCAUGGAUAAUUCUGAGUACUACAACAGGAGAUGUAGCACCAAGGAUGAUUCCGCAAUCAGUAAUGCAGAGAAAUGAAUGUCGUUUUCUUGAAGUAGAGAAGCUUAAGCAAUAGAGUCACUCAACAUCAUUAAGGGCUUUGAGGGUAAAUAAGGAGAAGCAGUUUAGUGGCAGAAAGGCCUGAGGGAAAGUUUAUGGCAGUGACCUAUAACACACGGCCCGUGAGCCAAUGUUAGUGGGACGGUUCAGUGAGCCACCUGCACUCCCUGUUCCCCUGCCCACAUUUACCUACAACACUAACUUGUUCUCCAAAGCUGACACAAUUGGUGAGGCCCUGUUUUGUGAAGGGCUUUCCUGCCGAAAAUAGCAAUCUCUACCCUUAGAAAUGCCUUGACUGCCAGUUACUCCACCCCAGACAUAUUGCUGUCAAGACUUGAAUGUCAGAUGGAAAUGUUAAAAGUAUCCAAAAACUAUUAAAAAUUAACCAUACACAACAUUAGCAUUUAAAAAUAAAUAUUACAUUAAAAAUGACUCAAUUAAAAAAAUAUAAAUCACCUGAAAUUCGCCUCUUCCUCAGAACCAUUGUUCUCCACUGUAACUGAUGCAGGUUCACUGGGCAGACGCCCCAGCAUAACUGCAGGAAGUUGGUGUUCCAUCAAUGGAUUCCAGCAUCAGAGUAAAUUCUGAAUAACAUCUGUCAUAAAGUUAAGGAUUUCUGCACUUACUCAAAUGACCCCCAAAAUUGAUUAAGAUUGUCAAUCCAUAAGAGGCACCAUUUCCUUCAGAGGAUCUUCUGAGAUGACGAACUGGGUGGGGGGGGGGGGGGGGGGGGGGAGAGAUUACACUGCAUGUCUCUCAGUGGUUGUGUGGCUGACUGGAUGGCAGGUUCCACUCAUUCAAUGCAAUCAAGAUUUCUUGGUUAUAUUUUCCUGAGGGCAAGCCUGCAUUCAAACUUUCUGCAUCUACGUUGAUAUUGAGCACUGUCUCAUCCAUGUCUGAAUAAGUGCCAGAGUGCCUAAAAGUAACCAAUGCUGCCUGGUGUGAAUGCUGUAACAGGUCACAAAGAAUAUGAAGGGCAGUAAACCAACCCAAAAAGAAAACCAGUCGUCAUUCUUAUUAUAGAGUUUGCUUUUAUUUUUCAUAUUGCAUUUGGACAUCAAAAACCCACAACAUAAUGUAUAUUUUUCACAUGAAAAGGAUCUUACACAGCAAC